AAACUUUAUCUUAUACAAUGGUCAGCAAAGCCGACAAUGAUGCCCUCGAGGCGCAGUUUGAGUCGCAAUUCCAAAAACCCGGCGAUCUUGUGGAGCGUGAUGAUGACACUGGCGCGAUGUCAAUCGAAUCACUUUGCAUGAACUGCCACGAGCAGGGUGUCACGCGCCUGCUUUUGCUCCGAGUCCCUUACUUCAGAGACAUCAUCCUGGAGAGUUUCGAAUGUGAACAUUGCCACCUCAAAAAUAACUCGAUCAAAUCGGCCGGCCAGAUCCAGGAGCGUGGAACAGUUUAUACUUUAAGGGUCGAGAAUGAGGAGGAUCUUCAGCGCCAAGUCAUCCGAAGUGAUGUUUCGGCCUUCAAGCUUACCACUAAGCUCGGCAACGAGAUUGAGGUCCCCAAGGGAACUGGCCAACUGACCAAUGUCGAAGGCAUGGUUCAACUCAUUCAUGAAAAUUUGUCAGGAGAGCAAGAUCUCCGUAAGGACCAAGCUCCUGAACUUCACGCCGCCCUUGUGCCUAUCAUCGACAGUCUUGAGAAGAUCAUGUCUCGUGAGGACGCUUUCCCCUUCACCAUCUCCCUCGAUGACCUCACUGGAAAUUCGUGGAUCGCGCCUAACAGCAACGAUCGCGGCAACAAGUACAAACGCCAAGAAUACCCUCGUACCCACGAGCAGAAUGAGGAGUUGGGAAUUUCUGCUGAUGCCAAGGCUGUCAACCAAGAGAAUACAGCUCAGGUUGACGCUGGCGACCCAGAGGAUCUUGAUAUCGUCGAUGGCCAGGUCUACACUAUUCCUGCCGAGUGUCCUGGCUGUAAUAAGGAAGCCGAGGUGAACAUUAAGAAGGUUAACAUUCCUUACUUCAAGGAAGUCCUGCUGUUUGGCACGAACUGUGGACACUGCGGCUACAAAUCUUCUGCAAUUAAGACCGGUGGUGAGGUACCCGAGAAGGGCAAGCGUAUCACUCUCCAGGUGGAUAACGAGGUUGAUCUCUCGCGCGAUAUUCUCAAGAGUGACACAGCCGGACUUUACAGCUCCGAACUUGACUUGGACGUUCAGCCAGGAACCCUCGGUGGACGUUUCACCACAGUCGAGGGAUUGCUAGUUGAAAUCAGGGAUCAGUUGAAGGGUGCCAUUUUCGAUGUUGACGAUUCCACACGCUCUGGAGGCGACAGCAUGGCUUCUUCUGAUAAGGAUAAGUGGCAAAGGUUCUUCACUCGUCUCGACCAGGCUAUCAGUGGCGAGCUCAAGUUCGCUAUCACGUUGCAAGACCCGAUGGCCUCCUCUUACGUGCAAGAUCUUUGCAGCCCAGCUAUCGACCACCAGAUCACUACUGAGGAGUACACCCGCUCUGCCGAGGAGGAAGAUGAUCUUGGUCUGACAGACAUGAAGACCGAGGGUUAUGAGGAGGCCCAGGCCCAGGCCGAUGCCGCCAAGGCCGAUGCCGCUCAGAAGGAGUAAUCAAAGGAUUUAUGAUGUAUACCCAUCUCAUGAAAUUCGGGAUGAUCUGAUUCUUUUGGGGGUUCUUGCAUAACGGCGUUCGUGAUAUGUACUUUCUGCUGGUGUCAUUAAAAUAUUCAGUCA